AACCGCUCGACGCUGUUUUAAUAAUUAUUUGCAAAAAAAGUGUAUUAUUAAUAAUUUUUUAAAAUAAUAAAAAUAUAUUGUACUAAAAACGGAUCUAGAAAUUGUAUUAAUUUUUAAAUAUGGAAAUACCUAAUGCCACCGAUCAAGGUCCCGAAGAAAACAGUGAAAAUGUAGAGAAAAAAAGUACAGAAGACAAUUUAGAAAAUGAAUUAAGGAUGGUAACUGAAGGAACAACAUCAACAACUGAAGCAAAUACAAUAUCAGUAGAAAAAAAACCAAAUCCGGUUGUAAGUUCAACAGUUUCGAAAAAAAGAAAAAUUGGCAGUGAUUUUAAUUCAGAAUCUGAUAAUGGUCCAAAAAGGAAAGUUGGUGGCAAUAGGUUAACUAAAAAACGGCGUCUUGAAGAAGGGGCACCGCGUCCACCUUUGACUGGUUACGUUAGGUAUAUGAAUGAAAGACGAGAGAAAUUAAAACCAGAUUAUCCAGAUAAAAGUCAUAUUGAAAUGACAAAAAUAAUUGCAGAUGAAUGGAGCCGUUUAAAUGAACAAGAGAAGCUUCCAUACUUAAAAGUUGCAGAAGCAGAAAGAGCAGUGUAUAAUAAUGCCAUGAUAGAAUUUUAUAAGCAGAAACGCCUUAAUGGACAGGAAAAUAAAAAUCCGAUUGGUAGUAAUGGUAAUACAAAAAUAAUAUCAAAUGGUGGAUCUAAAUAUUCCCAAAUGAAUGGCAAUAGCAGUGAUGUUAGUAAUAAUAAUAGUAACAGCACUAAAUCAAGUGUAAAACUAUCAUCAGUCGAUAAUAAAAAUAAUGAAAAUCGUUUACAAAGCUAUUAUCCAGAUGGAUGCAUUCCAAUAUUUACAGAUGAAUUUUUAGAUCAUAACAAAACAAUUGAUUUAGAAUUGAGAGCAUUAAGAAAAUCAAAUAUUGACUAUGAACAACAAAAUUCUGUUUUAGAAAAACAUAUUGAGAAUAUGAAGACUGGUGUUGAAAAAAUUGAAAAUGAAAAUAAAGAACUUGCUGAAAAAAAUCGUUUAAUGCAAAAAUAUUUGGAUAAACUGAGAGCAAAAUUAGCUCAAGCAUUUUCUGGUUUGCCUUUGCCUGGCGAACCAAAUGGUGCCACCUUAGAUAAUAUUGACAAAUAUAUGACUGAUCUACAAGGCAUGGUUUCAUCGAAUUCUCAUGGUGUUAAUAAGGCUAGGGAUAUUGUACGUAAAUUAGAUUUACAUAUUUCACUUUAAAGGUAAUGGUAGUUUCUUUUUUUUUUGUAUUCGCACGUAAAUAAAUUGCAUGGUAUUAAAUAUUGAUGAUAAAAUUUAUUGUAUAAUUAUAUUGUGAGAUUAUAUACCUACCUACUUUUAUUGAUAAUAUGAAAAAAUAUACAUUUUAAUCAUGUUCAUUAUUAAAUUUAAAACAAAUUCCAAUUAAAAACAAACAAUACAUAUAAAAAUACAUUUUAUGUAUUUGCUUCCAAUUACAAAUUGUUGUUUUAUUUUGAAAUUAAAUUAUGUAUAACCAUAUAAGGAUUUAGGUAUAAGUAAAUAUAUAAUAUCCU